AUGUGUUAUAUUGAUCCUACCAACGGGGUCUUUGGUGCUUAUGUUUCUGGUGAAGCUAUCAAAAGUCUCACUGAUUAUCUGCGUAGCGACUGGGAGAAGUUGGAAAGUUCAGAGGAGUACGAAAUUAUGAAAACGUAUGCUGCGAACUCGAAACUCUUUUGUUUGGCCUCUUGUUCUGGUGGUAUGUUCAUAUUAAUUAGCCUCGUACCUCACAUAAUAAAUGUCGUAUUACCGCUCAAUGAAUGGCCCAUAAUAAUGCCUUAUGAGGCCUAUUACUUUGUGGACGGCGAAAAAUACUUCUUUUACAUUUUGUUCCACGUUUUUGUAAGCCUAGAAAUAUGUAUAACGGCGGUGAUCGCGUACGACAGCAUGAUUGUGGUUUACAUCGAGCACGUUUGCAGCCUCUUCGCUGUGGCUGGGUAA